CCUGCGCACUGCCGUCCACCCCGCCCCAGGCCCGUGGGGGCCAUGGUGCCGUCCGAGCUGGCCGCGCGCCUCAACUGUGCCGAGUACAAGAACUGGGUGAAGGCUGGCCACUGCCUGCUGCUGCUGCGCAGCUGCCUGCAGGGUUUCGUCGGCCAGGAAGUGCUCUCCUUCCAUCGCGGCCUCCUCGCCGCAGCCCCUAGCCUGGGCCCUCGCGCCACUUGCCGCGGCGGCUCCCGGUGCACCCCGCGCGCCCGCCAGUUUCAGCCUCAGUGUCAGGUGUGCUCAGAGUGGAAACGGGAGAUUUUGAAACAUCACGUCAACCGGAAUGGAGACGUGCAUUGGGGAAACUGCCGGCCAGGCCGCUGGCCCGUCGACGCCUGGGAGGUGGCCAAGGCCUUCAUGCCCCGAGGACUGGCAGACAAGAGAGCACCUGAGGAAUGUGAUGCGGUCGCUCUUUUAAGCCUCAUCAACUCCUGCGAUCACUUUGUGGUUGACCGAAAGAAAGUCACAGAGGUGAUUAAGUGUCGUAACGAAAUCAUGCACUCUUCAGAGAUGAAAGUGUCUUCCACGUGGCUUCGAGAUUUUCAGGUGAAGAUCCAAAAUUUUCUGAGUGAAUUCAAGAACAUCCCGGAGAUUGUGGCGGCGCACUCCAGACUAGAACAGCUGUUGACAUCCGACUGGGCUGUCUACGUUCCCGUGGAAGAUCAACCAGAUGGGUGUGAGUGUGACACGCAAACUUACCUGAGUGCCAACCAAGUAAAUGAAAUCGAGAUGGAACUGCUAAAAGAAAAACUUCAAGAGCUGUACCUUCAAGCAGAAGAACAAGAUGUGUCACCCGAAGAGAUCUCACAUCGACUGGAAGGGAUGAGGGAAUUUCUGAGAAACAACGAGGAUCUUAGAAAUGGCCUUACAGAAGACAUGCGGAAGCUAGACAGCCUCUGUCUGCAGCACCCACAGCCAGACCCAGAGGAGCCUGGGAGAGAGACGCCUGCGGGGACGGCCGAAGGUUGCCCUUCGACGAAAGUCAGGCGCGUUCUGUGAAAGUCAGCGUGGCUUCCGUCUCAGAGUACGCUACCCAGACAAAAAGGGACUUUUGUUGCUGUUUUUUUUUUUUUCCCCCAUGGACUUUCCUUUGACUCUUUGGGAGUAUUUUUUAUUUUUAAUAUGUAUAUGCAGAACCUUGGGGUUGUGUAAUCUAGACCAAUCAAAAAUACUAGAUACUCUUGUGCCAAAAGUUGUUACCAUUCAGGGAUCUGUGGCUACUUAGAAAGUGACAUUCUUUUCUGGUCCCAAACUCCAGCUGCUUAGCCUAGCAAAGGCUGUAUUUGGCCAGGCCUGUCCAGGGGCUCCCACAGAGCCCUGUGUCCUGCCCCCGCUGCUGCCUGAAGUCUCCCCCCGGGCUGUGCUGUCCACGCUGAGCUCAACAUCCACGCUUUUUGGACGAAGGUGAGAAGGACGGUGGGCUGAAAGGUCAUGUGCUAGCCCCGCCCCUUUAGUACAGAACUGCUACUACCAGGUUGGAGUAGCUGGGGGCAGCCUGGGCCAGCAAGGGGGAGGGCUGUCGGGGCAAAGCUGCUCGGCUGGCAGCUCGUGGGUGACACACUUCUGCCGAGUGAGCUCCUCAUCCUGUGCCUUCACACAUCCCCAGGGCAGAGCACAGGGCCUGGCCCUGGCCCACGCCGCCCAUGGACAUGGGUUUGACGGUGGUGGGGUCACCUGCCGGCUCAGGAGUGCCCCUAGGCCUGGAUGUUAGUUACACUCCGAAGCCUGCUCCCUCCCUGGGAAAUGUAAGAAUCCAACUUCAGAAUUCUCAUGGAACUUCAGAGACAUCGUUUUCUGUCAACAAACGUAUUCAUACUUCUUCUGUUCCUUUUACCCAAAAAAGCCAUCCGCUCCUGCCUGGGGCCUGUGUGUUUCCUGAACCAUGCGUGGCCUCCGAGGCAGGCCUCCCUUUGACCUCCCCCUGCAUCUGCUUCUUUCCAAAGCCAAAGAAACGUCCCUGCACCCUUCAGGGCCACAACCGCCAUGUUUCCUGCUGCCUCCCACACCGAGUGCAGAUGGGUGUACUCCUUCGCCUACUCGGCUGCCCACUAAGGAUAUAACCUGUAGCAGGCAGGGGGAUGUGCCACACCUGUUUUUACGUUACAGUGCAUUUGGGGGCAGAUGUUUGGUGCGGAGGUUGAUGUGCCCCUUGGGACACCUGCAUCCCAUACCUGUGUUCAAGUCCUGGCCCUGCUCUGCGUCCCAGCUCCCUGCUAAUGCGCACCCUGGGAGGCAGCAGGCAGAGGCUCAAGUGUUUGGGCCCCUGCCACCCACGUGACAGACCUGGAUGGAGCUCCUGGCUUUGGCCUGGCCCAGCCCUGGCUCUUGCAGGCGUCUCAAGAGUGAACUGGUGGGUGGAAGACCUCUCUGUCUCUUUCUCUCUGCCUUUCAGAAAAAUGAGAUAUAUUUAAUAUAACCAUAAAACCCAGAUGAAUGCAACUGUGAUUGUAACUUCCGGCUUUAAUCUUCCCAGUAUCACUUGGCCUUUAGUCGUGUGUCUCUGCUUGUCAUGGAGAUCCUUGAGAAGACUUGAGUAGGAAACAAGAAGAAUUUUCGUUCAUCUUGUAGCUCUCUCAAACUAUGAAAUAUUUCCUAGCUUCUAGAUAUGAGAUACAAAACUUUGAGUCAGCUGGAAUCUUGAUUAACUAAUUUAAGACAUGCUUUCUAACUUCGGGAACUUUGGGUUAUGAACUCUGCCACUUUAUACCUGUAUCUAGUUAGCUUUUCCUUAUCUACACAGCAAGCCUUUGUCACAUGUCAGCCACGUGCCAGACACUCGCGUUGCUGCCAAUACAAGGAUUUGGAAGGUGUGGAUGAUGUGUGUCAAGAUCAUCCUGCGGAAUCGGUCUGCUCUGGUCAUUAAAGACACUUUGCAGAAAACCCUGUACUGGCAGCAUUGAAUGACAUUGAAACAGAGAAAGGAAGACGUGCCCAACCAAGAGGGCUCCGCGAGCGAGCGGGCCCAUUGCCGAGAGGGGCUGCUUGAAGCAGCCUCCUCCGCGACUGUUAGAACGAAGGAGGGGCGCUGCCUGCGGCACUGUGGAAGAGCGAGCGCCAUGAUUUGUGAAACCGGAAGCCAGUGUUUGAUGAUGCUGGGCGGCGACGCUGCUGUUCGUAUUUUAUGACAGCUGUGGCCCGGAAACUUGUGUGCUUUUCCCAAGCUUACUGUGUUGCCUCUGUAAAAGGAACUGGGGGCAGAAGGGCUCUUCUAUUUUGUUUAUUCCCAUGUUGAUUUUUUUUUCCAGUAUGCACUCAGACAUUUUGAAAGUUUUUAAUGAAAAUUUUUAAUUUCAAAUAAUAAACAGAUGUGAAUUAUAGAAAUUGAAAGUGCCAGGUAUCUGUGUCACAUUGCCUGGAUCGCACUGGGGCCUGCGCUCUGUAACUCCACCUCCAGGGGUCCUGGCAAAGCGGAAGCGGCAGGUGACAGGGCCCAGUCCGGGAGCUCCUUUGCACGCGGAGCUGCCUUUGUUUCAUCAUGGUGUGCCUUGUCUUCAUCCCGCAACGCGAUCUUGCCCCUGAUCUCUCCCUAGGCCACACUCUGGCUCACAGCGCUGAAGGAGUUAGAGAACAAUGGUUUUAGCCUUUGAGUUGCACGGAUAAAACAGUGCUUUGGAUUUGGCCUGUUCUUUACCAGGCAGCUCAGAGAACCUGAGCAGGCAGAUGUCACCUAUUAAACUGGAGGCAAAACACUUGAAUUCUGGGAAAUGAGUAGUGUGGGGACAAGGGCGGCAAAAGCUUCUGGAACGCUAGCUCUGCGAAUUCAGAAAAUGCUGUAGACGGUUUAAAUUAAAUUACCAACGUCAGAAAGGAUUCUGUUUGAGAGUUUGGGGAGAUUACGGAGUGAUUGGUACCCGAAUGAUUUGCAAGGUUCAUUUUUAUUAAAGUGUUAAUUACUUACAGGGCUUUAAACAUGAAUAUCCUAGGCAAGAAAGAGUUAGCUCUCCUGCUUGAGUGGGCAUAUUGUGAAUUAGAUGGGCUAAGUGGAGCUUUGCGUUAGGGUGGAGAAGUUGCAAUCUUUCGAAUAUUUCCCCUGAUCGUUUUGACUUUUAAAUUGUAAAAGUAGAAUGAGAGGAAAUUAUCAGAGGAGAUUACCUCCUUUUCCCCUUACCAGGUUAAUUAGAAACCUACCUGCUCCAAAAUGUCUUCAACAGACGGUGGCCGCUUAUUAAAAUACACUCAAAUUACAAAAUACAUUUUGCAAGAUAAGCCUGAAAUAUAUUAAUUUCUACUCAUGUAAUAGUGAAGUAAAAAAUGUCCCUUAAUGUUUUAAUAAAAAUCUUAAUAUGAUUCAUUUCAUAA